AUGAAUAGUAAUUUCAAAAGAUUCCGGGUUUUGUUGGAGUCAAAUCUUCCUAAUUUACAGAAUGAAAAGUCAAUGAUUGAAAUAAAUGACCGAACUACGGUUAAGCAACUCAAGCAAUUAAUAAUAGCUAAGAAUGACGAAGGUUCUGUCACACGUACAUUUAUAGAACAAAUAAAACUAUCAUACGAAGGGAAUAUAAUACCAACCUCAUUUCAAGAAGAGGAAGCUAGUGUUUAUGAAUUGUUGGGAUUGAAUCAAGAGCUUUUGGAACAGAAUAACAGUGUCAUAAAAUUGAAACUUACAAAGCAUGAACAUGUAAAUGGAACUGGUGGGUUGUUGAGCAGAGAAUUUUGGAAGGACUUUCAGUCAAAUGAUAGAUUUAGAUUUCUCCCUGCCACCAAUGACUCUUUACAGCAACCCAAUUUGGCGCUGUCGAAUUCAGUGCCAUUAGAAUCAACAUCAGAUUUGUCUGCUGCAAGAAGCACAACAAAUCCAACUGCUACUAGCUCAUCCUCAGAACAAGGAAUUGAUAGUGAUAUUUCAACAUCACCAACCUCGGCUAACCCAGUACCUUCACCUUCAAAUUAUGAAACGCUGGUGCCAAGUCAACAAGACUCUAUUCCAUUUGUCAAUAAUCCAUCAGAGUCUUCAACUCCUAACAUAGACCCCAUUAAACCUGCCAGUAUUCAGGUACGUGGUGGAUCCACAUGGGAAAUGGAGGGAACAUCGUACGAUACUAUGGUUGAACAGCAUUCAGGGAAAAAAAUUCUAGUGAAACAGGAUGACUUGUCUAAUGUUGAGUAUGAACUUACUUUGAAAGUAGACAAUAUUGUGAAGAAAGUAAGCUUGGGUACAGCACAAUGCAUUGUUGUGGAUAACGGCUUGCACGAUCCUUAUCUACUACUCGGUCCUAUGGGUGCAGCAAAAGUUCACAAGGUGUUUAAACUGGCUUCUGGUGAGCCAUUGAUUCAAAAAGUACUAGUAAUGAUGUAUGAUAUUGGUAGUGACCUGGAAUCAGAAUCUAAUGAACAAGCCGUUCCAGGUGACGCUAAUAACAUUGAUGUUGAAGAUGCUGAAAUUGACGAUCUUAUGGAUAGAUUAUACACCAACGGAAGACUGCUUCUUAUAACUAUGGUUAAACUCACUUUUGUUUUAUAUUUGAUGGGGUUCAGACUCAAUCAACAUAUGAUGAAUUAUUGGUUUCAUUAUGCGGUUUUACUAGUUUUACUUUUCCAUGCAUAUGUUCUACUUUGUACAGGUGCAAACAGAGUCAUUCGAUUUGGUGGCAACGUGAACGAUGUAUCCAUUAUGAUGGAUCGAGUCGUUCGGACUUGUGUGAGAAGAACUUCUGAAUUAGAAUUGGUCCAAUCACGAGAUCCUGCUUGGUUGAAGACGGUGAAGUUGAAUUUUGAGAAUAUUUGGAAAGACAGUUUGUUAUUUGGAUUAUGUAUUUUUCCUUCAAUGCAAGCUAGGGUUUUCCAUCAAUUAAGCUUGGCUGAGGAAGACGUUUCUAUUUAUGAAGAAUUGGUUGAGCCUAAUGAAGUGGUGGAUCUGGUUGAAAUUUGA